UGCCGAAAGGAAAUGACGUCACAGUCACUCAUUAAAAUUUCCUUGUAAAACGCAUUCUCAGCAGAUGACGCGAAUAUCGGUUGCAUUUUGUUUAUUUACUAUAAGAAGGGGGCAUAAAGUUGAAUAUCCAUCUGAAGUUUAUCUAGCUCCUAUCACAGAAGGAAGUAGUAUGUGAGAGGGUUGUAAGAGAAAAUAGUUAUUUGGCUGCUAGGGGCAUAAUUCGAGGUGAUAAGCCGCUCAAAAUGAAGGCACGAGACAACACGUGUGCUAAUGCGAGGGUCACUGCCACCUACUCUCUAGAAUCAACAUUUUCUUUUCUGUACCUAAAAGACCUAAAAAGUUACAUGGAAAAAUUAUUAUCUGUACCUAAAGACCUAAAAAGUUACAUUGAAAAAAAAAUAUUUUUCUGUACCUAAAAGAGUGUAGCUAAUUAAUUCUCUUUUUACUAUUUAUCUAUAAAAUUUCAAUGGAUUUCACGUAUUUCCGCUUAGUUCCUGAAAAGAUACCACCUUCUAUUUCCCAUUUUACGCCGGCCCCCACAUUCGCGCCAAAGCUUAGUCGCCAUAGCGACAUAGCCUGAUUGACAGUUUGGCGGAAUUGGGCGGUCCUUGUUCGAUCGAUCGGUCACGGCGUUCCAAACGAAGUCUUCCGAUCAAACGCUGUUCACUUUCAAAAAAGCUGAAUUUUGCAAAGAAAAUUACAUCGGUUCCUUCGAAACGUGCGGGGCUUCGUGACCAUUUAUUGCUGAAGAUCGUGGAAGCAUUCAAGGUGGUUUUUGUGGCGUGAAUGUCAAGAUUAUGGCUUAUCGGGGUCGCGAGUACUCUGAGGAAUCAGCCGCAAAUUUACUUCGUUCCGUCCGAGAGCAGGAACAUCAAUUCCAAAAACUGACUUCUGAGCUCGAGGAAGAAAGAAGAAACGUUGCCACACAGCUUGUAAGGUGCAAAUAUAAUUCUGAGACCGCGAGCGUCUCUUCCAUGGGAAGUUCCACAGAUGACUCUUUUGUGUGGAGAGGUCAGGGACAUGGUAGCAUUGCAGAUGAUGAUGACUUCACAGAUAACGAAAGUCAACUGAGUGGAUCAGCACUGGUUGACUCUUGUCUGAAAGUUUUGCAAGAAAGAGGCUUGUCUGAUUCACGGGAGGACCAAGAUCCUCUUUACACUCGAAGAAGAAGAAUGGAACACAAUGACAUUACCGGAAACACAAACACAAUGGUUACCCCAGACUGGGAACGGGAGCUUAUGGAUGCGGAUCUCACACCAGGAUCGCAAACCGUCAAGAAAGUCGUGACCAGGACAGAGGUGCGCACACUCAAGACCGUGGGGGGUCAGGUGGUGCAGGACGAAUAUGACCCCGGCACUGCGCACACCACCAUAGAGAGGUACACGUACGGGUCCCCGGCAGUUAACGGAGAUGGCCCGCGCACCCCUACAAAAUAUACCCCCGGGAGAGGGCCUGGGUCCCAGUCCUCCCUUGAUGGGCCUCGCACUCCAAACAGAGAGUACGCAACGAGUGAGGCUUACGUCAGGAGAGCGCCAGGGUCACAGUCAUCGGAAGGACCCAGAACGCCAAGUUACGUCCCAGGGGACGAAUACCGUAGUCCCAGAAGAGGUCCUGGUUCUCAGUCUUCUGUGGAGGACCAUCGGCCCGGCAGAGGUUAUGGAAGUCGCGGGGGGUACGCCUCGGCAGACGAGGGGCCACGGACGCCAAUCACGAAUGGCAUGUCGGGAUACAUGUCUGAUAGCUACGCUCAUGGGCCAAGGACCCCACCCCAUUCUGUCCGGAGUGAGCCCGGCUAUGUCCGAUCCGCCGUGGCUACCACCAGCCACUCCCUCCCUCGUGGCCCUGUGCACGCCAAGAAGGGGCCGCCGCCGCCCACUCUACCCAAGAGGGGUACCGCCACCCUCCCCCGCACAAGCAGCAGUGGACGGCCAUCCACGACGUACAACUUGAGCAUCAAGGUAGGCGACGUGAAGGGGUCCGGCACAGACGGCAAUGUGUAUAUCCAGCUAUUUGGCGAGAAGGGAAACACGGCCAAGAUUCAGCUGCGCCAAGCCGGGGAUCAGAAAAACAGAUUCGAGAAGGGAAGGACGUACAAGUUUACCGUGGAUACUGUUGAUAUUGGAAAGGUAGACCGUAUCAAGUUAAGCCAUGACCAUACAGGUUAUGGGUCCGGGUUCUUUGUGGAGGAGGUCGAAGUCGAGGUUCCCGCCAGAGACGACAAGGUCAAGUUUCCAUGUCGAUGUUGGCUGGCUCAAGACGUGGACGACGGCAAAAUCGAGCGGGAAAUGUUUGCCGUCACGCAAUUGCCAAAUACGUCUUACACGAUGUCCGUCAAGCUGGGAGAGGUGCCUAACCCGGACGCUAGCCUCUACGUGCAGAUUUAUGGCGAAAAGGGCGAGACCAGUAAAAUCAUGCUACGACCUGUUGGCUCCUCGUUCAACAAGUUUGAGAAGGGCCGGACUUACAAGUUUACCGUGGAGACAGUCGACAUAGGGAAGAUAGAAAGGCUUCGCAUAGGACACGACAGCCACGGCCCAAAUAAGGGCAUCUUCGUAGAGGAAGUUGAGGUGGUGCCGGCACAGGGUGACCGCGCUACUUUCCCGUGCUACUGCUGGCUGGCCGAGGAUAAAGAUGAUUGCAAGCUUGAACGUGACGUCUUGCCAGGCGCCCCAAGACCACCUAAGCCAAACAUAUCGUAUCAUCUGGCCAUCAAGACCGCUGACGUCCCAAACGCAGGCACGGAUGCCAAUGUGUACUUCCAGCUGAUUGGCGAAGACGGUGAGACGGAAAAGAUCCAGUUGCGUCAGGGAGGCAAAGCAGAGAAGAGAUUCGAACGAGGACGUACUGAUAAGUUCAUCGUGGAAACUUUGGACGUUGGCAAGAUCAAACAGUUUCGUAUCGGUCACGACAACAAGGGCCUCGCUUCCGGUUGGAGGCUGGAUCAGGUCACGCUCGAGAUUCCGUCACGCAGCGAGCACAUGGUGUUCCCGUGUAACCGCUGGCUAGAUCCAACCGAGGACGACCACAUGACCGAGAGGGACCUGGUACCGAGUGUUCCCGGGACUCCAACCUCCAGACAGCCCCCUCCCACUCCUACUCGGGGCGAAAGCAAGAAAAUAAUCGAGAAAACCACAACGACACACUACGAAACACGACCGGCCUAUACCCCUCCCCCUAAGAACACGACGAUCGAAGAGACGGUCCGGUACGGUACCACUCCCCACUCGGCCUCUAAGAACCGCGUGGUUGAAGAGGAACCUAAGUACUCGACAACCCCGAGGACUUUCACCACAACUACGGAGGAAGUCCGAUACACAACUCCCGCGAAGAGAACCAUCAUCCAAGAAGAACUGCGCUACACUAAGCCACUCACGACUACCACUCCGACCACACCCACCCAAGCCCCCACCACCAGACCAGAAGCACCCCCACCAAGCAUCCCAGACACAGUACGCGAGCAAAGGAUCCUCAUCGAACGGACGCAUGUCAACGUGCAGUCGGCGCCUCCGCCGCGCCCUCCAGAGCCGUCCGAGCAGGACAUGGCCCGGACGCCACAGUAUGGCUACGAGGAGCGAAGGACAGAAAUACAUCGUACUGUACAGCCAACGGAGUUGCCGGAGCCGGACCUAGACUCGAGACCUGUCGUAGCAUACCAGCUCUGCCUGAAGAUGGGUGAUGUUCUCGGGGACGGCACUGAGGGCAAUGUCUACAUCCAGCUCGUAGGAGACAAAGGCAUGACGGAGCAGAUCCAGCUACGGCAGCACGGCAACGCCAAAAUCAAGUUCGACAAGGGCCGUACUUAUAAGUUCACCGUAGAGACCCCGGAUAUCGGCAAGGUAGAGAAAGUUCUGGUCAGCCAUGAUAGCGAUCAGACCCGGUCCGGGUGGUUCCUGGAGGAGGUGACGGUAGACGUGCCGUCACAUGGAGAGCACGUGGUCUUCCCUUGCAUGAGCUGGUUGGCCCCGGAUGAAGGUGAUGGCAAGACGGUUCGAGAACUCGCAGCUAAACCAAGUACGUAUCACCUGCAAAUCAAGACCGGAAACCUGAAGAAUGCGGGCACUGAGGCAAACGUGUGGGCUGAAAUCACCGGCGACCGUGGCACGACGGGGCGCAUUCAGCUGGAGCGAUCAGGGAUCAUGGAGCGUCUCUUUGAACCGGAUCAGACCGACUACUUCACCGUCAGCGCUAGUGACGUCGGCAAGGUUGAGAAGGUCACUGUCGGCCAUGAUGGCACCUCGCCCUCGUCCAGAUGGUACCUGGAGGAGGUCGUGCUCAAUAACCCCAACCGAGGCGAGCACUACAUCUUUCCAUGCAGGGCGUGGUUACCUGAGAGUGGCAGCCAGGCAGCAGUCGUGGAACUCGUCCACUCCCCCGAGUCGCAAGUUGUCAACUACUCCGUUACUCUGAAGACGGGUCAGAGACGGCACGCGGGCACCGACUCUAACGUGUACAUGCAAAUAUUUGGCGACGCGGGAGACACGGGCGUUAUCGAGCUCAAACAAGUGUGUGAUCCGGCAGGAAAGCUCCAGAGAGGGACGUCCUUCCGAUUCAACCUUCUCACGCAAGACGUCGGAAAUCUGGAGAAGGUCCGUAUCGGCCAUGACGGCAGGGGACUGGGCACGGGCUGGUUCCUGGAGGAAGUCGUCAUCCUAGUGAAGGACGAGCGCUGGGUUUUUGCGUGCAACCGCUGGCUCGCGGACUAUGAAGAUGAUGGCAAGACUGAGAGGGACCUUUAUGCAGAGCUUAAGACGUACGCACACGAGCCCGAUCUACAGGACUUGAUCGAGUAUCUCCAGACGGACGACAUCAACCUGGUGGUGAACUCGGCGUACUACAUCCAGCAUCUGUGUUACAACGACGAGGCAGUCAAGGGCAAGAUAAGGGAACUGGGUGGCAUACCCGCGCUUGUCCACCUCCUGAACCACGACCAUUACGAGGUGCACCGAGCAGCCGCCUCUUGCCUCAGAAACGUCUCCUUCAGCAAGGAACGGGACGAGAACAAGCUUGCAAUCGCUGAAUGCGACGGAAUCGAGACUUUGCUCCGACUUCUUCAGCGGACGCCAAAAGACGAGAGCGAACUGCAAGCGAGAGCUAAACAAGAUCGCUAUGUGCUACAGGACACCGCCUCCGAUAACUUACCCAAUGUGCGACCCACUGAAAAGGAGGUCAAAGAGCUGGUAUUGGGUGUGCUGUGGAAUUUGAGCUCGUGCGAGGCGCUCAAGUACCGCAUCAUCAGGCUGUGUCUCAUCAUCAUCGUCACCACCAUCAUCAUUCCGUACUCCGGCUGGGAUAAGAACCUGUUCCAGAGCGGCAAGCCCAUCCCGCCCAUCAAAUGGUCGACUGUUUUCCGUAACGCCAGCGGGAUCCUGAGGAACCUUUCUUCCGCGGGACUGGAAGCGAGGCGAGAGAUGCGCGCAUGCGCAGGACUUGUUGACUGCUUUGUGUGGAUCGUGCACGCGCCGAUUGGAAAAAGUGACGUCGAUAAUAAGUCUGUGGAGAACUCGGUGUGCGUCCUGCGAAACCUUUCCUACCGACUGGAGGACGAAAUCGACCGCGAGCUUCACCCGGAUGCACCUCUCCCCAACGAGGAGAAGAAGAAGGACAAGGUUGCCUCCGAGCACCCUCCAAGCUGCUUCGCAGGGUGUGGCGGCAUGAGGAAGGGGAAGGCCCCCAAGGACAAGAAGGAACCCACCGUCAAGAGGGACCCUGUCGAGGGCGUGGCAUUGCUAUGGCAGCCUGAGAUUGUCAAACCUUACCUGUCAAUCAUGGCUGAGGCGUCCAAUCCGGAGACGCUCGAGGGUGUGGCUGGAGCGUUGCAUAACUUGAUGGCUUGCGAUUGGAGGUGGGCAGUGGUCAUUCGUUCUGCAGUGCGGAAAGACAAGGGCUUGCCAAUACUAGUGGAACUUCUACGAAUCGAUAACGACCCCGUUGUUCGCGCUGUCGCCACGUGUCUCAGAAAUUUAGCCAUUGACCCAAGGAACAAGGACCUUAUUGGUAAAUACGCCAUGCGUGACCUUGUACGCAGGCUACCCGACCCUGAGAAGGAGAGCGACUCUGAGCGUGUGAGCGAGACGGUGAUUGGUCCGAUACUCUGUGCCAUACACCAAGUAGUCAACAAGAGCUUAGACAACGGAAAGCAAUGUAGGGAACAUGGCGGCUUCAAAAAGAUCGUUGCCAUUUCCAAAAACAAAGAGCGCUAUUCAUACAAGAUUCUCAAGACGGCAAACCAGGUCUUGAUGACCCUAUGGGCGCUAACAGCUCUGCGCAACUCCCUCAAGAAAGAAGAGUGGGAGCUAACUAAAGAAGUUACCGACGAAUACGGGCCAACACCCUUGACGCCUAGACCUUUCGACGAAGUCUCACUUCCACGAAACUCACAAAGAAAGAAACAUAACCUACAUAAACCGGACACUGUUCGCUCAGACGAGUCCACCAUUCCAGACCCUCAUUAUAUAGAACCUCCAAAACCGACCACAGAAUACAUGGCUGAGGACGGGUACGAAGCCGACGAUGAUCGGAACCAAAGGCGUACCGCCGAGCCGGCACGACACGAAGAAAUAGAAAUGCGCGAUAUGGGACAUUACGCCGACAUCGACCAUCCGAACACUCCCUCGGCCGACACUCGGAACGGUCCGCCGGCUUACGAGGACACCCGAUCAAAACCCGAGCCGCAGUAUGCCCAGGUCGAUAGAAGUAAAAAGACCAAAAAGAAGCAACUCGCGGGAUCUGGAGACGCUAGUGAUUCCUGGGUUUGAUUGGCUAGUGAUUUGGCAGUCGUUACGUGAUGGCUCUGAUUGGCUAGAAGCUGUCAAUCAGUUCCUAAUGAUGAGUUCAAUCAAUUCGAAGUGAGGCACUGAGGGGGUGGGGAGGAAAGGACGGAAUUUCAAGAUGACUAGAAGUAGCAGUAGAUGUAUUGAAUUAUAAAGUUGGUGUGAAUCGUGUGUUUCGCUAUUAAACUGAAUCCUGCGUAGAGCGACCACACCAUGAAAGAGCAACUUCUCUGCUGUAUUCAACUUGUAUUAUAAAUUCUAGCUUCUUAAGAGUUUUUUUUAGAGUUAAAGUUAUUGAUAUAUUUUCUAAUUUACGAUUAGACAGCGUUGAGGUGGUUUAGUUGUUUAUCGCUACAAAGUUCUAAAACAAAAUGCCCAAGAUAGCAUUUUCAGGUUAGGAAUAGUUAUCUAGGUCAAUUAACUACGAAAAUUCGCAGAAAUUCUCGUGAAUUUAGCCUUGUGUUCGGGAAAGCAAAGGUUGCAGACAAAACCUCAGAAAUAAGUCACUCUUUUUUUCUUGGAAGGUAUAGCUACAACCUAUGAUAUGUGUGAUAUCACAAGCAACUUUUAGACUUUACCUGUAUACAGAUUGGGUUUCCUCUGUUAGUGAUACAAGUAAAUUGUGGGAGACUGGUAUCCAAUAUCUCAAUCCCUUUUCUGUUUCCACAGGAAGCCCGCUACUUACGGUGCCUCCUAGCUCGUGUGUAUUUUUGACGAAAGACAUGCUGUGAAAAUUGUCCAAUGAAAAGCCUGCUUCUGGGCUUUCAAGUUUUUAAAACAGUAUUAUUUUUAAUAAACAUUUGAUCAAACAA